AAGAAAAAGACGCAAGCAUUUUAAUUGCUGUUCAAAAUGUAUUUGAUGUACACAAUUAACGAAAGCGGUGAACGCGUUUACACGCUAAAGAAGCGCACCGAGGACGGUCGCCCGACUUUGUCGGCGCAUCCAGCGCGUUUCUCGCCCGAGGAUAAAUAUUCUCGUCAACGGAUCACGAUCAAGAAGCGCUUUGGCCUGCUGCUUACCCAAAAACCGGAGCCCAUUUACUAAGCGUCGUCGUCGCUUUAGGUUUAAAUUAGCUUAGAUUUAUUAUUCCUAUAUAUUUACAACUGAUUAAAGUAAACAAACGAAAACAUA